AGAGAGAGAGAGAGAGAGAGAAAGAGAGAAUGCGGCGCGUUAGGUCACAAAUUCGCUGUAUACAAUACCUCUGAGUAACUCGGUGAGCCGAAUGCAAUUUAAUAAGAGUCUGAAAUUCGGUUGUCUUUGCGUUCGCCACGCGGCAACGAAACGUUACUUUUAACAGGCGCGAGUCCCGUUUCCUUGUGUGCUUUUUAAACGGAGAAAAGAAGACAGAGCGUCUCUUACGUUUCAGCCGUGAGAGAGCCGUGAGAGAAUUACACUUGGAGACAAAAUCCGAACAAAGUGGACCUGCUAAAAUAAAUUCCGAUUGCGCUAUCAAUCUUUCUUUUCUAUUUUUUUUUAAAGCUUACCUAGCUCUUCAGGAUCUAUGCUUUUAUAAUCUUUUUUUUUUUUAAUUCGGAUGUUAUGAAUUUUUCUGACGAGAAUUUUUUUCAUAUACAAUAUAUAUAUGUAUAUUCUAUCAUAUAUAUUUAUAUAUAUUGCUCUGCUAAGUAAAUGCCGUGUGUUUUUUUUUUUUUAAUAUUUUACAAUAUAAAUAUUGUAAUUUUAGCUCCACAAAAUGAUUUCUAGAAGUAAUGUUCAAAGAAGUUUGAUUGAUAAAAUAGACAUGGAUCGUAAUGGUUCUAUUAAAGACUUUUGAGCUGUUUUUUUUUUUUUUUUUUUCAGUUUGCUGAUUUGUAAAUAUUACACUCUUCCUUAGCAGGACAGUUUACAUAAAUUAUCGUAUUGAAUUGCAAUUGCGUUAAGUGUUUAUUCGAUCGCUAAGUUUCUAUAAAAUGGCAUUUUGUCCUUUUCAUUUAUUAUAAACUUUGUUACAUCCAUAGACGUGUAUGUAUGGUUUACAUCUAUAAAAACAAUGUGUAAUCUUUUUAUAUAUCGGCGUGAAUCGCGCCGAUAUAUAUACAUGAAUCGACGUUUGUAAAUUUAUUUCAUAUAUCGAAUUAUCGCGCCGAAACAUCAUUACAUUGCGACGUUAAUAAUCUUAAAGAUAAUCGCCGAGUCUCUUUUUGCAGGUUACGUUUGCGUUUUGCUACGCUCGCUUCCCGCCACGCGAGACCCGGCGCGGCGCAUCUGCGCGGAGGGCGAGGCUAACCUAACCUAACUUAACCUAACUUGUCCGACGUUGCGCGCAGUUGCGCGGCGGCAUGACGCACAGUCACCCGCUCGCCGAGUUUGAUUUUAUACAGUGGUUUUCGACGUCCGAGACGCGUCUCGCGGAUUUACAAUCCCUUUAGUCUUUCCUCCGGCAUACGUACGCGACUUCUGGAUCUUUAUCUUUAUAAGGUGUCUGGGAAUGCGCCUGCAUUCGAGUCCGUGCCGCCGAGUCUCCUUUGCAGUUUAUUACAUCGAUGCAUGACGAUAUAAGUAAAUUGUCACGAGUGACGUGAGAUGGUUUGACGAUUGAUCAACCUGAACCUGAAGCUGAACAUUUUUCCAACACGAUGGCACAAACCAGGAUAGACCAGUUCUAUAAAGUUACGAGUAGCAGCAAGAAACCUGAAAGUAUAAAUGUCAAAAGGUCGUCUACUGUCAGAAGCCCAGUGCGUGGUAAGAUGAAAAGAAGACAAGUAUCAGAUUUAUCGACAACUUGUUGUGUACGUAAGAAGAAGGAAAAACACACGUAUUCAUGGAAAACGAGUGAAAAACAAAAGCAAGAUAAUGUCUCGUCAGCCAGCGAGACACCCCAGCGUUCAUCCAAAGCUGAUACGUAUAACGGUCCAACAAAAGUUACGGGAAAUGGAUUAGUAACGUCACCAACUGUUGAUGAACACGCUUCUCCCAUCAGAAGUCAACAACGUACUCCUACGUCGCACAGUGGCGCAAAGUUCACGCCAAAGACCGCGUCUCCGAUAAAAGACGCGCUAGACAGGUCACCAGGACGCGCAAAGACGGCGCGAAGGAAAUUGUUCAAAGACAAAACCGUGGAAUCGAUAUCUGUAAUGAUAAAUAAUCUAAAUUUGGCCAAAGAAGGAGCCAUCGCUAACACGGACAUUGAUCUGGAGAAAGCUUACUCGAACGGGAGUUUCAACUACCAGUACACGCCCAUAGACACUACAGUUACGACGAGAUACGAGAUUAACGAUGUGGUCGUACCUACGGAUAUGUAUUCGCUGCAUUUCUUCCAAGUCAUUGUUACCGUAUUCUCCAAUCCAAUCAAUUGCGGAUAUUUCACGCAGGACGAGCUGGAUUUGAUAUUCUCGCUCAUCACCCUUCAAAAACCUGCGCAAGCAUUAUUUAUACGCAUGCUGAAGAGGAAGCACACGUGGCACAGGAUAAGCAACAUUAAGUACGAUGAAAUAUCCAACGACUUGAAGCCGAUCUUCGACGAGCUUGUAUCGCGAUCUAUUUUUCAAAGUAACACGGAAGAGGAAGACCUGUCCGUUUUACUAAACUUGCUGCAAGUCGAUGAAAUUCGCAAGGUUUGUCAGGAAUCGAAGAUCAACGUUAGUGGAAAAAAGGAGAAUAUAAUACAAUCAGUUUUGAAAUUCUGCCGCAAAACGAAAUCAUUGUUUCCUGGAAUGGCGACUCCCGCCUCUAAAUUACGCGCGUUGGUCACGAGACGCUUGGGGGAUUGCAUAUUAUUGAACACCAGAGUGAAAGAAGUGGUUGAUAGAACGAUUACGCUGCUGAUACCUAGUCAAGACCCCACCGAGACGUUGGUGGAUUUAUUCCUAAUGUUAUUAAGAAUUGAGACAGAUCAGAUAAAGUUUCCAGAAAUAACCAUAAGUGACUUUCCCAUCUUCGCCAGUAAGGGACAUCUGUUACGUUACAUUGAGGCGAAAAGUACGCUAACCAAUGUAUUAAGUGCUAUCGAGGAAAAGCAAUGGGAGACUGUACGGAAGCUUGGAACUUUAGCCGCGCGCCAACGUUUGCCGCUCUUCAUGAAAAUGGAGUCGGAAAGUCUUCAAAAUUCUAAUUUACCUCAUUACAUCAGGCACUUUAUGCCGGGUUACAUGUGGCUCAAAGUCUUAAGCAAAAGCAUCGAUGCAUUUAAAAAGAUGAAGGAAACGAUACCACUGGCGAUAGAAUUUCUGCGAAUGUUAAUAAAUCAGGAUUGUCACAUGAAACAUAGAAAAGGUCAGUGGUACAGUGAGUUGAUCAAGAUUGAAAUGUUUCACCGGAAGAAUCUCGAAGCGAGCGUCGCCGUACUAUCGGACGCGAUGACGUAUGAGAGCUUGACAGAAGUUGAUAGAUUAGACCUGUUGGACAGAGCGGAGAAGAUUGUUAAGAGAAAAUCUGGUAUCAGCCAACAUGCAAAAGCCUUCGUUAAACGUAUGUUGGACAACGGAUUUAGGACGCAGCUUACAUCUUCAACGUCCAUUACGAUAAAAGGAACGUUAUGCGGUAACGCUUCACAGAAAAAGAGCGUUUGGCGUAUCAGCAACGGCGUAGACCAACAAACAUACGGCUCGGUUGAAAGUCUGGCGUUAUAUUACUACAAAUGCGAAGGAUAUGUCAAGGGCAUGCAUUGCGAGGGUGCUUUUCCAAUCACUCUAUUCGCUACAUUAUUUUGGGACGAGAUUUAUGACAUGAAAAUUCCCGGCGCUUGGGUGUCGUUGUAUCAGGAUGCGCCGUUGGAUCUGUAUUCGUCAGAAUUUUAUAAGAAUAGGAAAAAACAAAUCGACAUGAAGCUUCAGAUGGUUCGAAAGUACGAUUCGGAAACGUUGAGCAAACAUUUGAAGCGUGAAUUCGAGUUACAUUGUGAAUACAAGUCUAUUGCUCAGGGUAACAUUUUUAACGACAGUAGCAGCCUCCAAGAAAUAGCAUUCUGCUUAGGAGUGGAGGGUGUUGUUGGAAUCUGCGAACGGCUCAUUUAUAAUUUCCCACUCUGGAAAGCUGGCUUUCCAGAUAUAUUUGUGUGGAACGCACGUACAAAACAGUACAAAAUUGUAGAAGUGAAGGGUCCGGGUGAUUCGCUGUCAACCAAACAAAAAUUAUGGUUGGAUUAUUUGAUUCAGCUUGGACUCAAUACAGAAGUAUGCUAUUGUGAGUCAGACGCGAACUCUAAAGGACGUAAGCGAAAGCAUGAAGAAACAGAGCGACUGUGAUGCAUAUAACCAACAAAUAAUUAUAGAGAUACACUGCAUGCGUGUAUAAAAAAGAUAAAAAUUAUAUUUUAUAUUGUGAUACCUAUAUUUAUAUAUCUGUAGAUCUUUUUAUUUUAAAGUUAUAUAAAAACUUGCGAGCUAUUUCAGCGAAUACUUUUACAUAAAU